AUGCACGACGGGAUAGCAAAAUGGCAGCCUACUGAAGACGGACUCAGGAUCGAGAACUUUGUUUACCUAACACGAAAGACGUUUAAAUAUUUGUUUAUCAAUUUCCAAUUUUAAGAUUAUACACGUCUAAUAUACUCCUUAUUCAUUUCUUUUUAAACGAUGUUUGCAUGUAAAGCGAUCUCGACAACACACUUACUUCAUAAGCUGCGUGGGUUGAUGAAAAAUAAAAAUAUUGUUGGCGAUGCAAUUCAAGCUUAUAUUGUCCCCUCUUGUGAUGCUCACCAGAGUGAAUAUAUUGCAGCAUGUGACAACAGGAGGGAGUUCAUCUCAGGAUUCAGUGGAUCUGCAGGUACGGCAGUGAUCACUGAAAGUGAGGCUGCUAUGUGGACAGAUGGACGGUAUUUUUUACAAGCUCAAUCACAGAUGGACUCAAACUGGAAAUUGAUGAAGCAAGGACUUGUCGAAACUCUGUCCCAAGAAGAAUGGCUGCUAAAGGUUCUUCCUGAAGGAUCCAGAGUGGGUGUGGACCCAUUUCUUUUUCCUGCUGAUUUGUGGAAGCAGUUUAGCAGUACAUUGGAAACGGAAGGUCACACCUUGGUUGCCAUUGAAACCAAUUUGAUUGAUGUUGUGUGGGGUGAUGAACGGCCUGCAGCCCCACAAGAUGAGGUCUUUAUACAGGAAUUUCAGUAUGCUGGGAAAACAUGGCAGGAUAAAAUUUACCAAGUACGAAAGAAAAUGGAAGCAAAACAGGCAGACAACCUGGUAAUUACAGCCUUGGACGAGGUAGCUUGGUUAUUUAACCUCCGUGGAUCUGAUAUCGUCUAUAACCCAGUAUUCUUUGCAUAUGCUGUUGUCGGUUUGGAGACUAUUAGCCUUUUUAUUGACAAAAAGAAAUUGAGUCCAGCAGUUGAAAGCCAUCUACAAGAAUCUUCAGGGGCAAAAUUUACCAUUGAUAUACAACCAUAUAAUACUAUUCUCAAUUUCUUGCAAAGUCUGUAUACAGGAGGUAAAAAGUGCGGAAAAACAUGGAUAAGCAGGAAAUCAAGUCACGCCAUUAACAAAUGCAUUCCACUUAGUAAACAGAUAACUCAAAUCACCCCAAUCUGCACUUUAAAGGCAGUGAAGAAUACAGUAGAAAUUGAAGGAAUGAAGAAAGCUCAUAUACGAGAUGCUGUUGCUCUGUGUGAAUACUUUUGCUGGUUAGAGAAAGAGAUUGUGAAAGGAACACAGACUGAGAUAUCUGCUUCAAAUCAAUUAGAGAAAUUUCGAAGGGAACAAGAAUUAUUUGUUAGUCUAAGUUUUGAUACAAUCUCAUCAUCAGGAGCAAAUGGUGCAAUUAUUCAUUACAAGGCCACACCUGAAACUGACCGACCUCUUAGGUUAGAUGAGUCAUACCUGUGCGACUCAGGAGCACAAUACAGAGAUGGGACUACAGAUGUGACUCGAACCAUGCACUUUGGUACACCAACUCAGCACCAAAAGGAUUGUUUUACACGCGUGUUGAAAGGAGUUAUAGGAAUAUCAUCAGCCGUUUUCCCAAACGGAACCAAUGGACAUCAGUUGGAUUGUCUUGCUCGUCUUUCCCUGUGGAACUCAGGACUGGAUUACCUACAUGGCACAGGACAUGGUGUGGGAUCAUUCCUGAAUGUCCAUGAAGGUCCACAAGGAAUCAGUUACAAAACCUCAGCUACUGAUGUUCAUCUAGAGGCUGGCAUGUUUUUAUCGGAUGAACCUGGAUAUUACGAGGAUGGCCAAUUUGGAAUACGUCUUGAAAACAUAGUUUUUAUCAAGCCGACUGAAAGAGAGCACAACUUCCGCAACAGGGGCUUCCUGACUUUUGAAGAAGUGACGUUGGUUCCCAUUCAGACCAAGAUGAUAGAUGCAUCAUUACUAAAUGCAAAAGAGGUGGACUGGUUGAAUAAUUACCAUAUGAGGUGUCGCAAAAUUGUUGGCGACGAACUUUUGAAACAGGGUAGAAAUGAUGCUUGGCAGUGGUUAAUGAAGGAGACAACCCCUUUGGGGUAAAACAAGAGUAAUAUUAUGAGGAAGCAAGAUAGAAUGGAACUGUAAAUGACUACAAAAGGAAAAAACAUUGAGUCUCUUAUGAGAAAACAGAAACAAUACAAACAAAACUAAUAGUUUUAUAUUCGUAUCAAUGAAAAAAUAUUUAAUUAAUAUCCAGGUAUGGCCAUUCAAGGAGACCAGAUCAAUUUUACUCUUAAAUAUAUAUUUAACAUACGUCCAGAAUAUUGUAAUAUAUAAUUAAUUAAUUAAUUAUAUAAUUAAUGGCACUAAAUGUUUUAGAUUAGGGAGCUUUCAAUUUGCAUGAUGGUAGAACGUAUUCAAUCAUGCGGGAUCCUACUAAGUUCUCUGUUCAAUGUAGAUUUGUCCAAAUUGUGACUAGAAUCCAUUUGACAAGAACUCAAUGUUCUCCCAUGCGCAGAUGACUUCUUAGUGACGUCAUUGUGUUCUACGCCCUACCGUCGUCGUGCAGUCAAAAGCAACCUAUUAAGAGGCUGAGACCUUCAGACAUAUUUUGGCACUACAAGAGUCUGAAUGAUCCACUAUCAUUUCUACCUAACUCGCAAAGCAUUACAGUAAUUAUUUCUUUCUAUUCCUCUUUAAUUUAAAAUUUUAACUCAUUUGUUUUACAUUAGUUAGGUUAAUUGCAUCAUUUGAUUUUUUUUUUGUUUCAAACUGAACCACUUUGGAAAUCAGUAUAAACCAUUAAAGCUAAAAUACCCAUUAUAAUUGUCCAACAUGAGGUGAAAGUUCAAUCAAUUUUAAUAUAUUUGUAGAUGAAUUUUUAAAGAUUUAAUAUCACAAGUAUUCUUAUGAAGUACUUAAAUAAUGUAUGUAUAUUAUGCUGUCUUCUGAAUCUUAACAUUUCUAUUUAUGCAUUUUAAAGUGCAUUUUCAUAUAGGCAAAAUAAUAUAUCACAUAUCGGGAGUAGAUUUUUGUUUGUACAUCUGUGCGUACUGUAAAUUAUUUUACCCACUACUGAACUAAAAUCAAAGAGUACAGAAAGUACAGUCCAAUAUGAGAACUAUACCCCUUUAACACUACUGUAUUAGCGGGACUCUGGAAUAAACCUGCUUUUACUUCCCAGUUGUCUAUACACCAAAGUUGGGGUUGUAAAUGGGUGUUGGUCAACGACUCUGGUGUGCGGAACCCGAGUUUAAAGAAGCUGAAUGUUUUCAGGAGUAGCAUCUCCGGGAUAGGCCCGUUUUUCCCAAGCCGGGAUUUUAAUCAUCCACUUUCAUUAAAAUUAUUCAGUUUUUUUUUUUAAUAAUAUAAUUAUUUGUAUAUUUUGAAAGUGUUUUGUUAAAAAUAAUAAACAUAAUGUAAGUUA